AUCAGAUUUGCAAAGCUUGCUGGUUUGUUUAUUCGAUUGCAAAAGUGGGUGGGUGCUUUUUCCCUUUCGUUUGCUGAAACUAUUGUAGAUAGAACGGGCCAUUAGUUGCCAAGCGUAUUCGGAAGUGGUAGGUCGCAAAGUCGUCGAGGUAAAUUAUUCCAACUGAAACGGAAAACCACAGUGAUCUGAGCAAUGGCUGAUGGAAAAUCAGAAAUCGACAGCGACGCGGAGCAGAACUACUCGCUCAACAGUAAUGUUGAUCCGAAAAACAUGCAGGAGCUAACCAUCUACGUGCAAAACCUACUACAGAACGUGCAGGACAAGUUCCAGACAAUGUCGGAUCAGAUAAUAUCACGCAUCGACGACAUGGGCACCAGAAUAGAUGAUCUGGAAAAGAGUAUUGCCGAUCUGAUGCAGCAAGCCGGUGUCGAAGGACAGGAUAAAUAAGGGAAGCGACCUCAAGCACCAAGGAUACAGUUUUAUUGGUCCGCCGAGAAGUAGUCGUACAUUACGGUGCCCUCGGUUUGGUUUAUUUUACACCACACACACGCAUGCAUUUACAAUCGAUUCACCAUUAAAUUGCACUUAAAAACAAGUAAUUUGCUAGGAGCAUGGAGCAUUAAUUCGGAAUGCCUCACCGGAUGAUUUAUUUCCAUGAAAUAUAAGAAAUAACAUCUCAGACGUUCGA